AUAUCACUGGACUCAAUAUGGCGGACGAACGUGAGAGAAACAUGUUUUAGCUUUUACUGAGAAGAAAGACGCCGAUACCAUUAUAAUACACGCCUAUCAAUUGACUCCUCUCAGAUCUGUGAUCAACACUCAAGCGGUGUGGAUAUGACGCAUUAUAAACCAGGGCACGAUAUUUCUCAAAGGAAACGUACUACCGACGUUUUGAUAGAGGAGCAAAUUGAUUUCCACUCGCUUCUAUUGUCGCCUACACUAUUAAGAGGGUUGAACGAGGCUGGCUUCGAAAAACCCUCUCCUAUACAGCUUAAAGCUAUUCCAUUAGGAAGAUGUGGCUUGGAUCUAAUUGCACAGGCCAAGUCAGGAACAGGCAAGACAUGCGUGUUUAGUGUUAUUGCUCUUGAGAAUGUAAUCACUGAGAGUAAUUGCAUUCAGAUAAUUAUUCUUACACCAACAAGAGAAAUAGCAGUUCAAGUCAAGGAUGUCAUCUGUGCUAUUGGAUGUCAUUAUGAUGGCUUGGCCUGUAAGGUGUUUAUUGGAGGUAUCUCACUUGAGGAAGAUAAAAAAGCUCUCAAGUCAUGUCAUAUUGCUGUCGGUACUCCAGGUCGCGUAAAGUAUCUCAUUGAACAAAAGUAUCUGAAGACGGAGUCUGUGCGGAUGUUUAUACUCGAUGAAGCUGAUAAACUUCUAGAUGAAAGUUUCCAACAGCAAAUAAACUGGAUCUUCUCUGCUUUACCGGAGAACAAACAGAUGAUGGCAUUCUCAGCGACGUACCCUGAGGUUCUGGCUAAUCACCUCAAGAAAUAUAUGACAGAGCCGACAUUUGUCAGGCUAAAUGCUGCAGAUCCUUCCUUACAAGGUAUUAAGCAGUUUUACUCUCUGGUGCGGUUCCAUCCUUUGCCACACAAGACAUUCCAAGAAAAGGUCGAUGGGCUGAUCAAGUUGUUAUCUUCAGUCAACUUUAAUCAAUGUCUAGUAUUUUCCAACUAUCAAAUAAGAGCCAAGAGUUUAUCUGAUACUCUUUGUCGCAAGGGAUGGCCUUCAACAUUUAUAGCUGAUCGGCCAAGUACACCAGAUUUCCACCGGUUUUCGUUGAAUGCUGUUUCUUGUUGUACUGCAGGGAGUCAGACACAGGCCAAGCGGCUAGAAGCCAUGGAAAAGCUUAAGAGCUUUCACUGCCGUAUUCUCAUCUCUACAGACUUGACAGCACGUGGCAUUGAUGCAGAGAAUGUUAACUUGGUUGUCAACAUGGACGUACCUCACAACGGGGAGACGUACCUGCAUAGGAUUGGCAGAGCUGGAAGGUUUGGUACUGAAGGAAUGGCAGUAACAUAUGUCGCCAAUGGCAAGGAAGAAAGGGAACUGCGUGACAUUGAGCGCAGCAUAGAUGUUAAGAUGGAACUACUGCCAGCGCACAUCCCGGACACGCUGCUGCAGUGUAAACGGACAAGUGAAGGGCAGAAUAAUCGUGACACUGUCGAGAUCAGUAUAAUGAAGGUCAAUUCAAACCACAGUAGGGGCUUUGAACCUCCUGAUGUGUUAACAGGAAAGGCAUCAAGACUCGAGAAAUCGCCCGAGGUACAAGAGGCAACAUCGUCUGAAGAAAGUACUUUAGCUUCAGUCGAUGUACCAAACAGUGCAAAUCGUAAAAUGAGCCCGGUUUUGAAGCCUUUAGUUUUCAAUUUGCCUUUGAAAAACAGAAUACAAGGCUCUUCCAUUAAGAGCAGCGACACUAUACUCUCCCCUCCGUCAAAAGAAGCUACGAACUUGCCUUCAGAAGAUACAUACGAAGAAUAUUUGGCGAUGGUAAAUGAAAUGGAAUCGGUAAAUAUAAAACAAGCUAUGGUACAUGGAACUUUGCUGACUUUACAGACUUCAGAUGAGAUCGGACACACUACUUCUGGUACUGCCUUUACGUCUAAAGAAGCUCAAGCCAUGGUCUCGCCGUCGGAGGUAAACACCGAGCAAUAUAACGCAGUUCCAACGACUUUCAAAGGCUGCUCUCCCCUUAGACGAGGCACGUCUUCAGAGAAGCCCAGAGUGUGCCCUGAUCACCACGAGAGCACGAGAACCCAUCAUACUUUACCUUCUGUUGACGAAUUCGAAAAAGACUUCGAAGAGUAUUUGCAGCUAGCGAGCAGUGCUGAGAAUUUACCAGUUGCAGAUACCGCACUACAGAAAAACCAUACAGGUUCGUGUUUGAUGUCGUCCGAUUCCGAGUCUAGUGAGCAUUCGCUAUCGGUUGGCACUGAUGAUGUUAUCUCCGAUACUAGUGAUGGUGAUAGCUUAUAUACUAGUGAGACAUGUAAAACUGACUUACUGAAUACAAAUAACAAUGUCAAUUGGAAGCCUCAGUGCAAUGGCGGCAAUGACUAUGGCCUUUCGAAAGCAUCGGCCAAUCAGCCAAUCCGUGAGUACUGCAGGAUCGAAGAUGGUGGUUUAUUGGAUGAUACGUGUUUACAAGGAAGUAAACAUACACAUAAACAAGAUCACAAGACAAGUUUUGGCAAGAGACAAGCUAAUGUUCUAUCGGUUUCUAGCUUUUGUGAGACUGAACAAACCAGUAAUACUCAUUUCGAUACGUACCAGGAAAAGCGCAACACUUCUCUUCAGUGCAGUGGAGUCCUUGAAGAUGUUAUUCAAAGGGAUAGGUCACCUGGGUAUGGCCUCCCACCGGUAACCCCGAGGUGUGGAAAUCAGUAUCAUGAUGGUUGCGACGGUGCUGGUUUCCCAGGUUUUGGAAGCCAACCUUUUAGCAAACCAGGUAAUUGUGGGGAAUCAAUAGACCAACGUACUAAUAACAAUAGAUCACACAGCUAUGGUCCCCCAAAUCAUGGAAAACAAUAUCAAAAUGGUUACCGAGGCUAUGGUUUCCAAGAAAAUAACCAUGGCUCAAGAGAUCAACUCAAUUAUAGGCUAUUUAUAGACGAACAAAGAUUUAAUAUUGCAGCGAAUUUCCACGGCAGCCAGCCUUAUGGUACUCCAUGGUUAUUUCAUCCCAGUCAUUACACGCCCUUUCCCUGUCCGCAUUAUCAAGGUGGUCCAACAUGCGAGUGUCAGUGUAUGGGUUACACGCCCUUUCCCUGUCCGCAUUAUCAAGGUGGUCCAGCAUGCGAGUGUAAGAGUAUGGGUUACACGCCCUUCGCCUGUCCGCAUUAUCCAGGUGGUCCAGCAUGCAAGUGUCAGUGUAUGGGUCAGCAUCAGCAAUCAUUUCAAGGACAGAAGGACGGUCAAUACCCGAGGCUGGCACAAUGGAAUAAGGCAUGGCAGGAGGCCUAUACGGGACUUACUGGGAUGAUAAAGCAAUUCGCUGCUGCAAAUACUGCGCCGACCUGGGGCUGAUAUGGUUGGAACGAAAAUGGACUCAUUAUCAAACUACUUGAAAAUAAAGUGUACUAAACUGGCGUUACAUGAUUAAGCCAAGAAUACAACAUGUGAAAUCUUUUUAUUUGUGAAUCUCGAUAAAAAAAUACCUCUUCAAAAAUUCCCAUCUAGUAAAAAAAUUGUAUAUGAGAACAUGACACCUCGUUAAAAAUCGUAUGUGAGAAAAAUGAAAAAAAAAAAUUGAUUAUUAAAAUACAAUUUCUUAAAA